UUUGGAUAAUGAAUUAAACAGAAAGAUUCUGAUCGUUGGAGAAGCAGUCACGUGGUUAUUUACGUAACGCAUCUGAAUUGUCCUCUUCGCUGCGCCGUAGCUGGGAAAAUGGCCGAGAAGAAAAUAGCAGUGCGCUCUCAGGACCAGAGCCAACGGCGCGUGCUGGAUGUAGCGACACGUCACCGGAGGCUCACGAGGCAGCUCGAGGCGCUCGAGAAGGACAACUUCCAGGACGACCCACAGACGAACCUUCCACCGCCAGUGAAGCGCCUGCCGCAUUUCGACGAGAAUGAUGAACCUGGGAAACGGAGGAAGAAGACCAGAGGCGAUCAUUUCAAGCAACGUUUCCGGAAAAACUUCCAGGCCCUGCUUGAGGAAGAGGACUUGAGUGUGAGCGAGGGUCCGAACUACCUGACGGCGUGUGCCGAGCCGUCAUCUUUUCCUCAGCGACACUUCUGUGCCGUGUGCGGUUUCCCUUCCAACUACACGUGCGUGUCCUGCGGAGCUCGCUACUGCUGCGUACGCUGCUUAGCCACACAUCACGAGACCAGGUGUCUGAAGUGGACCGUGUGAUCGGACAUAUUCAAUGGUUUAAAUCCACUUCACCCUGGGAUGAAUAAGAAUUAAAUCUGUUUGGACGCCAGUGCUGGUAGACAGGAUGUAUGCAGUACGUCCUAAAGAGAGACCCGGAUUCCUCAGUGCCGUUUGGGAUGUACUACUUCGCACAAUGGCAUGAUGACAGUAGCAAGAACGCUUGCAAAAAAAACUGAAACAAUCAUCUCGAAUGCUAACGUUGGAAUCCCUCAUGCUUUAGAAAAGCCAUGUAGCUGGACUGCAGCUUUACAGGAUCAGAGUUACGCUCUCAAAAACCUCCAUAACAUUUAUUGUACUGUUUUUUUUUUUUUUAUGCUUCAGUUCUCAUGCUGUCAAUUUCCAUUUAAAAGCAACAACUUCAUCACACCAUUAAAAUCCUGAGGGAAAUGUUUCAUACACAAUCUAAUGAUAGACAUACAGGUAUGUAAUCAUUAGGCUAGCUGCAGGCCCGUUAGAGUAAACUUUUGUUUUAGGCUUUGUCUUGUUACUUUAUUGUCGCUGAAAUAACACGAAUGUAAAUAAAUAUUGGAGAAGGAUGCUUGUUUGUAUUCAUAUAAUGUUACACCUUUUUACAGGUAACACACAGGCGCUGACUUACACUGACCAAACCUGCAGACAAGAAAAUCUGAGCAAGCUAAAUAAAAUUUUUUUUAAAAUGUGGAA